CGUAUCCUCAACCGUAGAAUCGCUUAAUCAUCUGUGUGGUUUAACCGUACACUGUAGGUCAAUCAACACUAUUUGUUAUAUGCAGCCCACAACACAUCUCAACAACUCAUAUACUGGAGCAGAAUGAAAUUUCUAAGAGCUUUGCCGAUGAUGGUCGGUUUUGUUGAGUUAAUCCAUGGCUGUAUUCAGUUUGACCUCUCACGUGAGGUGUCUUUCUUUGCCACUGCUCAAGUGAUUGGAACAUACCCAGGAACCUCUAGAGAAGAAUUAUUUGGCGUGUGUGUUUCAAGAUGUACCAAAGACAUACGAUGUAACGCUAUUGACAUCUGUUCUGAAAAUUUGAAGUGUAGAUUAAUCAGAGGCUGGACACCCCUAACGCCAGGAAACGUAUCUGAAGGAGUGUGUCUACGAUUCCAAAUGAUGUGCCAAGAUGGAUAUUUUUAUGACAGACAAAACGAAUCUUGUCUUCAGCACUAUUAUUGCGACUUUGAGAGUAAUCCAGAAUCGGCUUGUUUUUUCUCCGAGAGUCCAUCGGACGAAUUUGAUUGGACCAUUCUUUCGGGUUCGACAGGAUCCGUAGGCACGGGUCCUACCUCAGCAUACCAUGGAUUGCGUUACAAAUACAUUGAAACAUCCGCAAUUGCGUCCGGACAAAGAGCAAUACUGGAGAGCUCAAAGACAUUUCAAGCUAAAACCUACUGCCUAACGAUGUACUACCACAUGUAUGGGGACACCAUAAACACUCUCACCAUCAGAACUCAAAAAGGAAACAACGCCGCCAUUGACCGCUGGAAAUUGUCUGGUGACCAAGGCAACGUCUGGCACCAUCUUUCUGGGGUCAACCUUCCUUUGGACUCCCAAACAAAAAUUAUCAUCGAGGCUACUAAAGGAUCCAGUUUCACGGGCGAUACUGCGAUCGAUUACGUUGAACUUUGGCAAUUUGCAUGCCCGUAGAAGAUGACUUCAUGAAUAAACAGUGUACUGUUAAUCAAAGUUAACAACUUGACGAUAAACCGCAGAAGACGUAAACAUGACACUUUUUAUAUUGUUUAAAAGGAGUUUGGAUCCUAAGGGGGGAAACACCCUGGAUAAAGUUGUACUAUUGAUCAACAUGCCAGUGUUUUAAAGCUAUUUUAUGUACUCUUCAUCAUUUCGAUUUACAUAUUUUUUGGUUAUUUCUUUACUUGUGUUGCUCUUUAAAUAUUUAUUUAUUAUCAAAUGAUACAUCAUGCUCAUUUCAAUGUGUAUAACUUGUUAAUUCAUUCCC